CACAGAGGCAGAUCUCCGCUCUCAUGGCUUCUCUCAGCGCUGCGUCCCUCCUGGCUCUGAGCUCCCUGAUCUGUCACCUGGCUGCUUCCUCUGAAGUCAUGAACCUGAACCUGAAAGCUCGACCUGGAGACAAUGUCACCCUGAUCUGUCAGGCUCCUGAUGUCGACAUCGCAGCAGCAGAGUGGAGCAGAACUGACAUGAAGGAAGAAGAAUAUGUCUUCUUCUACCGAGACGGACACAUUGACUCAGUCUACCAGCAUCCAUCUUUUAAGAACCGGGUGGAGCUGAAAGACAAAGAGAUGAAGAACGGCGACCUGUCUGUGAUUAUGAAGAACGUGAAGAAGGAGGACAGUGGGACAUACGAGUGUCGCUUUGUACCUGUUGGUGCCAAACGCAGGAAGAGAUCCUUUAUUAAAGCUCCUCCCAUCAGCACCAUCAGGCUGGAGGUUGUAGAUCCAGACACUUCAGAUGGAGACAAAAUGAGUCACGACUCUGUGAAUGACCAUGAUGAACCUGCUGGGCGUAGUCAUGUUGCAGUGCCUGUAGUUGCUGUACUGUUAGUGUUUAUUGUGGUUGUUUCUGUUGUGGCUGUUGUGAUGUACAGAAAACAAAAAGCAAGUGGAGAACACAGACAGGAGAACAAGGAGAAGGUAUCGGCGGGGAGUGUGGCUCAGGAGGUAGAGCGGUUGUCUGGUAACCGGAGGGCUCCCGGUUCAAUCCCCAGUUCCCCCAGAGUUUGUCGAAGUGCCCUUGAGCCAGAUACUGAACCCCUCAACGCUCCAGACGGACAGCUCGGCGCACUGCAUGGUGGCCAGACAAAACACGGUAAAGCACUUUGAGAGGUCAGUAGACGAGCAAAGCGCUACAGAAAUGCUGCUCAUUUACCAUUCAGGAUGCUGCCACAGCUGAACUGGAGCUGUUGUGAUGAUAAUGACUUCUGACUCUGUGUUUACCUGAGCUUCCAGCUGCAGCUUCUCUGCUUCAGUCAUCUGGUUUGAACAGACUGUAUUGACACCGUCUACCUGGACAGGUGUGAGCUGAGCAGCUCACUGAUACUUGAAGUUUGAAAUCUGUCCUCACUCCCUCUCUUCUUCUGGCUUUAAGUU